UACAUGUUACUGUAUAUUGUAAAUGUCACAUAUGUAUCCAAAUCAUGUAUGUGAUUUAUUUUCAGGAAAAAAAAGAUGAUUGAAAGUCAGUAUUAAUAUUAAAAAGCCACCAUUUGCAAGUUUUAGUAUGUGCAUAAACAACAACAAAACGAGUCUGUGACAAACUUGACCAGGCUUCAUUAUUCCCCGCCUUUGGAGCUGACUGAAAGACGACAUUGUUGCUUUAAGAUUGUUCUAGAAAUCACCAAUGGCUCUGUCUAUUGUUGGGGUGAGUUGGAUUGAUAACACGAGGGGCGAGUUGGCGCAUAUCAUCAGUGGAGCAGCUGCAGGGCAAGACACAAGCGUUCACAUCCUCAAGGCAUCCUUGCAGACAUGGGUUGCUAUGAGUGCUGUAUGCGUUGCCUGGGUGGGAUUCCCUACUGCUCCCUGGUCGCCACGCUGCUCUGCUUCUCCGGUAUCGCCCUCUUCUGUGGAUGCGGACACCAGGCGCUCACAGAGACCGAAAGACUCAUCGAGACAUACUUUGCCCGUAACCUGCAGGAUUACAUCACACUUGCUUACAUCAUUCAGUAUUUCCAGUAUGUCAUCUACGGAUUGGCGUCUUUUUUCUUCCUAUUCUGCAUCAUGCUGCUGGCCGAGGGCUUCUACACCACCAAUGCCGCCAAGCAAACCUUUGGAGAGUUCCGGAGCACCAUGUGUGGCCGCUGUCUCAGCUCCACGUUUAUAGUGUUGACAUACGUCCUGGCUCUGCUGUGGCUGCUGGUGUUUGCCUUGUCGACACUUCCUGUCUAUUUCUUCUACAACAUGGGAUCCACUUGCCACACCAUCGAUGAUCUGACUGAGACACCAGCAAGCAUCAACCAGCUAUGUGUCGACGCACGGCAAUACGGGCUGUUGCCGUGGAACGCUGUGCCGGGAAAAGCUUGCGGAAUAACUCUAUCCACGAUCUGCAAGACCAGAGAGUACCAAAUGACCUACGACCUCUACAUUGCGGCCUUCAUCGGCGCGGGCAUCACUCUCAUGGCUCUGCUGACCUAUACUGUGUCAACCACCUAUAACUUUGCCGUUCUGCGCUAUCUGGGCAGGAAGGGCAUAGGUGCACGGUGUUAGGCUCGCCAGCUUCCUGUCUGUCCUGCAUUGUCACCACAGUAGCACCAGCACAGGGAUUUAAAGGGACAGUAACGGUUUUCUUCCUUGUCACUCGCGCAUGUGUAAUCAACUUCUUGGCCUUACGUGGACCCUCAAAACUUUUUUUCAAGAAAUGUAUUGUGUUUUAUGUUUUUAUAGAGCGGGACACACAUUUUUUACACACAGUUUGUUUGUUUUUUUCCCCAAUGACAUAUCACUAAACAAUUUUCAUUCGACUGUGCUACGUGCUGGAGGUUAGUGUUUUAAAACUUAAAUUUCCGUGAACAAAGUAAUAGGGAUUAGGGGUAACCAUGGAUACCAUUUCUCACAUCUGGUUGUCAUGGUGGCAGACAAGCACGCUCGUAACUGACCUCGGGACUUUUCUCACGAGCUGGCGAGCAACCUCAACAAUGGAUGCCUGCCCUCUCUUAAGUGGCCGAUAUAAAAGUCACUUUGGAGGCCACCUGCGCGAGAACUUUCCAGCAGCGGUCAUGUGACAUGUCAAGGGAAAGAGUCUUGUAGACAAAGAAGAGGGUAAGACGUCUCUAAAGCAUCAAUGGGGAUCCUCUGGGACAGCAACCCUGACCUCCACCUCCCCCUGAAUAAUGGGAAUGAUGGAUUGCGAGCGAGGGGGCUGAAGGAAUUUUAGAUUUUGUUUCUUUCUAGCAAACAAAGGGACUUUUUUUUUGUUAAGUUGGAUCGAGUGCGGUCUGGAAUUGAGAAUUUUUGGAACUGAGAUGACUCAGCUUUGCUCUUAAAGCAACAGUACAGAAUUUUGAAUUUCAUUUAGCAACCACUUAAAUAAUUACACCUAAAAAUAAAAAAAAAGAUCCAACAUGAGCUGUGUUAUAUUAUUAUACAGUGGAACCAUUGUUAGCAUCAGUAAAUCGUUUGUGAAGGUCUGACUCUAACUGAAACAGAUGCUAACCAAAUUAAUUUUUCCAAUAAGAAAUCAUAUAAAUCCAAUUAAUCCAAUCCGGAAGGCCAAAAAUGUUAACACAAAACAUGUUGUUUUUGUUUUACAAUUAUUAUUGGGGAAACCCAAAUCAGUGUAAAAGUGAAUGAUUUGAAUGAAUCGUUCAUGAAUCGCACAUCUCUAGUGUCUUGGGAACAGUCACGUCUGAAAUGAAGGUAAAAGUAACCUUAAAUGUUCAUUUAUCCCUGUUUAAUUUCUCAUGGAUAUGUACUUAAAAUGGUUUUAUGUAUGUAAAACAUGUUUUGUGUUAACAUUUUUGAAAGUCAACCGCUUAUAACAUUGUAAUUUUUGGUUCCGGUUGCCAUUUUGUUCGCUAGCUAAUACGAUGCUAACAAGGAAGGACAUUUACUGAUUAAAAAAAACAAACAAACAUUAAGAACACAGCUGGAGUCGCGCGGUGUAUUAACAACACGACAUGUUGUACGCUAACUGGAGAAUGCGCACAAACGGAGACAAAAUUGUGAUGUAAAUUUAUAACAUUAACCAGAAAAACAUGCUAACCGGGGCAGACGCUAUAUGAGGUUUCACUGUCAUUCGAUGAUUUUGCACCACCGCAAAGUACUACAAUAACUAAAUUAGGUUUGUAUUAAGUGCAUGACUGAGGUUGUUUAACAAAGAGGGGCAUUUUGUUGUUAUUGUAUAACGUCUUUUUACUUUCCAAGGCUUUUAACUUUUCUAUUUGUUUUUUCCUUUUAACUUUUAACAUAGUUUAUCUAGCUGUAAGUAGUAUUUUGUCAAGUGGCAGCUGGCUGUUUGAUUUUUUUUUUGUUCUUAUUGGUGAUAUUUGAUAAUAAAAGCAAUAUUGUAGUUUCUGUGCAAAAUUUUUCUGAAAUAUUUAUUUGUACUGCUUAAAAUUCUCCAUCA